AUGCAAGAUUUUAAACCUGGAGAUAUAAUUGCAUAGGAUUAUCAAAUUUUGAGUUUAUUAUCACAAGGUUCAUUUGGAAAAGUGUAUUUGGGACGAUCAUAAUCGAUGAAUUUGAAAGUGGCGAUAAAAGUUGAAAAGAGUGAAGUUUCCUACUUUAAUAGUUUGAAUCAUGAAGUAUUACUAAAAACUAUUAGAAUAUAGGUCGAAGUUCUGAAACUCUUGCUAGAUGUUCCAUAAGUACCCAAAAUUUAUUGGUUUGGAUAAGAGAUGAAUCUAAAAAUUAUGAUACAAAACCUUUUAGGCAAGGAUUUGACUCACUAUUACAAGAAGCUUAAAAAGUUUUCAUACGAAUGUGUCUGUAACAUAGCUUAUCAAAUGAUUAGCAUUUUAGAAUAAAUUCAUGCAAGGUAGAAAAUAUCAACUUAUUCAAAAUUUAGAAAUAUUAUACACAGAGAUUUGAAGCCAGAAAAUAUCCUUGGAGCAUCUCUUUCAGACAAAAUUUAUUUAAUAGAUUUUGGUAUAGCAAAGAAUCUUUAAUAGAACAAGAAGAGCAAAGAGAAAAUUUCUUUCAUAGGUACUUCAAGAUAUGCAAGCUUGGCAGCACAUUUAGGUAAAGAGCAAAACAGAAAAGAUGACCUUGAGUCAUUGGGUUACAUUCUAAUAUAUUUUCUAAAUGGUUAAUUACCUUGGAUGAAUAUUGAAAAGCAAGACAGCGAAAGAAUAGAGAAAAUUGGUCUUUUGAAACAAGACAUUUCUCCUGAAGAAUUGUGUGAAAACUUGCCAUCUCAAAUAUUAAAGUGAUUUUCUUCAUUUAUUCUUAGUAUAGGUAUAUGAAAUAUGUCAAAGGAUUAUCUGUUAAAGUCAAGCCCAAUUAUAUAUAAUUGAAAGAUUUAUUUAAAGUAGAAAGUUAAAAUGAUGCUAUGCCUUUUGAUUGGAACAAAAAGAUAAGAAUGAAUAAGAGGAUGUAGUCAAAUAAAUCCAUUAAAUCAUCUAAAUCUGCAAAAAUAUUUAAUAAAUCAAAAUCAUAAUUUCAUAAAACUUAAAAUAACAUCCAACAAGAAUCUUCAUAGAAAUUGAUUAAUUAACCUUUAACUCCCGUUUAAAAACAACAUCAAACCUUUGUGUACCCUGAUUAAAACGAUAAAACACUAUAUCAUUCAAGUGAUGAUAAUUAACAAUAAAAUAGCAUAAGUGAUCAGAAUAAAGAAAAAGAAAGCAUAAAAGUAGGAUAUUCAAUAAGUUAUGAACCAUCCAAAUUUUCAAGAUAUUCAAUACAUAACAAAAGUCCAAUAUUGCAGUAAUAAAGGGAAAGAGCAAGAGUCUCUACUUUAGAUGCAAAUCCUCAAGAUUACUUUAUAAUGAAUUUUUAAACUGAAUAACAGCUAUAAGAAUUUGAGAAUUAGGAUUUAGGAAGCAAAUAUGAUAUGCUAUACUAUUAAUCAAUUCUUUACAAUCACAAAAACCCAAUCCUAGAGUUUAAAGUGAGUAAAUGCCAUAUUUUUGAUUGA